UUUUCAAAUAGGUCACAGUGUUGUCUGAGGGAAAUGUUAAGGAAGGCUCUGGCUUCAGUACCUGUAAGCAACAUGAAGUUUGCCUCUGUGUUAGUCCUCCUUUUUUUCUGCUCUACUUUCAAGAAGUCCCAAGGAAAGUCAAAGCCCAAACCGGGCUGUGAAUACCCCCCGUCACAGUGGUGUAGGAGUUUGGAAAUUGCAAUAGAAUGUGGGGUAAGUUUGGAGUAUUGUUAUCAAGUUCAAAUAACUGCCCUCAGACAUAAUGCCAGUUGCUAGGCUCUGUUUUUAGUCUUUCAUAAAAUCUAUUUUCAUGUACCUUUUUUUCUUUGAUUAUACCCUGAAGUACUUUUUAAUUUGUUGCAUGCAGGCUACUACAGAAGUUAUUCAGUUGAAUGAUUUAAAUAACCUGUCAUUUUGUAGAAAUCAACUUUCCUAUGUCUAAUCUCACCAAGCAUUAACACGUUCUCCUGCAAUUUCCAUGUUAUAUGACAAGGGCAAUAUGUGAGUAUAUCCCAUGUUUAUCAGGAUUGUGGGUUCAGUUUUAAAUAGCUGUUCAAAGAGUCCCUUGUCCAUGGUUAAAUGAGUCAUGCUUUUAAAAUUGAGCACCAGAGGUCUUACAUUUCCUGAGGGCAUGUGACUGACGCCAAACCUUGAUGAGCUGCGUUUAGACAGGCAGCCCAAUUCUGAUAUUUAUUUUCACAUUGGUCUUUUGACCAAUCAGAUCAGCUCUGAAAAAUAUGUGAUUGGUCAAAAUAACAGGGGGUUGCAAGUGGCAUGGUUCCCACAUUUUACUCUGGUGAAUUCUAGGCAUAUCUCCAUAUGAACAGAAUGUAAAUUAUUUGUCAACUUGAAACAGUUCCUGCCCAGCUUUCUCUGAACAUGUAUCACGUGCUCAUGUAUCCUGUCUAGGUUCAGAAGCAAUGUCUGGAGCUCAAUGCCACAAGGCCCAAUUCAGCGGUACCCAGAGUUGAGGUGACCCUGUACUAUGAGAGCCUGUGUCCAGGCUGCAGGGUCUUCCUCACCCAGCAGCUCUUCCCCACCUGGGCCAUGCUCCACGAUAUCAUGGAGGUGAAACUGGUGCCCUACGGCAAUGCGCAGGUAGGCCUCUUCUCAAGAUGAAGAGUACUGGGUAAUGUUCAGUAGGGAGGGCACAUUGUAAAAAGGUUGUACAGGUUGUACCUCAGUAUAGGUCUUUGAUAGAUCCAUCCUCAGUCCCCGACUACUGAAUGAAUAAGAAAAUUAGAGCUUGUGUUCAUGCUGCAGGCUUUUCCCUGGUCUUCUUUCACAGGAGCUUCCCUCAGGGAAUUCUCCAUUCACCUGUCAACAUGGGGAACCAGAGUGUCAAAGCAACAUGAUUGAGGUGCGCUUCCCAAUAAAAUGGCUUGAAUCACUAAAAAUAGGUAGUCUGUCCCUGAAAUAGUUUUUGUAUUUCAUACAUUCCCCUUAGGCAUGUAUUCUACGUUCAGUGGGUCUGUACUUGGCAUUCCCUGUCAUUGACUGCAUGGAAUCUGCAGCAAAUGUUCUCGACGCCGCCCAACCUGUGAGUAUUGUAAUAUGUUUUGCUGUUGCAUACUUUUUUUAAAAUUCAAAAUGCAUUUGUUCACAUUUUGUUUACACAUCAAGGGCUCUGGUCGUAGUUAUAUUGGUUCUAACAUGCAGUCUGUUCUCCUCUAGUGCUUACAGCUACACGUCCCCUCAAUGACGUGGGACAGUGUCACAUCCUGUGUGAAGGGAGAGCUCGGCUUCAAACUGAUGCAUGAGAAUGCCCUGAAGACUAACGCUCUCAGUCCAGCCAAAACGCACGUCCCCUGGGUGACCAUUAAUGGGGUAGGACACUGCUGGGACUGAAACUAGGGGCACAAUGUAAAUAACAUGGCUAUAGUACAGCCAGUGGUAUUCAACUCUUACCCUAUGAGGGCUGGAGCCUGCUGGUUUUCUGUUCUACCUGAUAAUUUAUUGCACAUGCCUGGUGUCCCUAUCAGAUUAGAGGUGAACAAUGGGAGCAGUGGAACUUGCUUCUAGGUCCAGAGUUGAAUUUGAGGGCUCUACAGAUUAUUAACCAUAGCGUUACUGAGUGCUUCUUUUUGAACUGAUACCCUGCUACUUAAUACACUGUGUAUAGGUCAUGGAAUCAAACUAUGUGCCAAGGUCAAGUCUGUACAUGACUUUCCAAUUCCUCCUUUUUGCGUCUUUGCAGGAAUACACUGAUGACUUUCAGGACAAUGCAAUGUCAUCGCUUUUCAACUUGGUCUGCAAGAUGUAUAAGGUUUGUGUGGUUGGGGGGUGGUGUGACUAGUCCUUGUUUGAUGUACAAUUUAAAUGUAUUUGAGUAUUAAACUGAUCAACUUGGUCAUGGCCUGAGCUAAAAUGUAAUGAUCACCCAUAUUUGUCCACAGGGAGGCAAGCCCCCUGCCUGCACUGGAGCGCAGAAGAAACUAGACAGGAGUCUGUGCUGAAACCAACAGUCAUAUUCUGCAUGCCAUUCAUGUUUUCAAAAUAUAUUUUGUGUAAGUACCAGUUUCCCUCAUGAUCUAUGUUGGACUUGCAUGGUCUUUCAAAAUAAUCUGUUACUUAUUUGUAUUUCAUGAAUUGUAAUACUGAUAUAUUCUGUGUGAUUUGUAUGAUACAUUGUCAUAACUCCAUAUGUAUUGAUAAUUAAAAGGUUCCA